GAAAAAAACUAACCAUUUCUUUUUUUUUGUUAGGAAAUUUAGUGUAACCAAUAAAAUCCUUUAUUAACGUGAAAAGGCGAAACCGAAACCAAAUAAUGGAAUCCAUGCUUAUUAUCCGACCCGUUUCCUCUUUCCUUUCAACAACUGCAGCCCUAUUGGAAUCGGAUCCAACCCAGACCACCACAAUCGGGUCAUUUCUGCGUGCUUCGCUCUCUCUACCUCUCCAAACCCUAUCAUUUUCUUCCGGAUCGGACCCAACCAUCUUCCCUCGUUUUCCUUCUCUCUAAAAUAACUGUAAUUCUCAAGCUUAUGUGAUGGAAAUAUCAAAUGAUUCUGGCACUAAGAAACCAAAAAGGUUAACAUCUGUUGUCUGGAAUCACUUUGAAAGGAUUAGAAAGGCUGACAUAUGUUAUGCUGUUUGCGUGCAUUGUAAUAAGAGACUUAGUGGAUCAAGUAAUAGUGGAACUACUCAUCUGAGAAAUCACUUGAUGCGAUGUCUGAAAAGAUCGAACUUUGAUGUUUCUCAACUACUUACAGUAAAGAGAAGGAAAAAAGAUAAUACCGUCAGCCUUGCAAACAUUAGUUUUGAUGAAGGUCAGAGGAAAGAAGAAUAUAUAAAGCCAACACUAGUUAAGUUCGAACAGGAACAUAAGAAAGAUGAAAUCAUUAACUUUGUAAGUAGUAAGUUUGAUCAGGAGAGGAGUCAACAUGAUCUCGCGCGUAUGAUCAUAUUACAUGGAUACCCAGUGACCUUGGUCGAAGAAGUAGGAUUCAAGGUCUUUGUGAAGAACCUCCAGCCUCUCUUUGAGUUUUUGCCAAAUAGUGCUGUAGAGAUUUCUUGCAUAGAAAUCUACAGGAGGGAGAAAGUGAAAGUGUAUGAGGUGAUAAACAAAUUAUGUGGCAGGAUUAAUCUCUCUAUGGAAAUGUGGUCUUCGACAGAAAAUGCCUCAUAUUUGUGUCUAUCUGCACAUUAUAUUGAUGAAAAAUGGACAUUGCAGAAGAAAAUUUUGAACUUUCUUACACUUGACUCUUCUUACACUGAAGACUUGCUUCCAGAAGUGAUUGUCAAAUGUCUUGAUGAAUGGGAUAUUGACUGCAAGCUGUUUGCAUUGACUCUUGAUGAUUGUUCCGUUGAUGAUGAUAUCACUCUACGAAUCAAAGAGCGAGUUUCUGAGAAAAGGCCUUUCUUAAGUACUCGACAAAUACUUGAUGUACGCUCCGCAGCACAUCUCAUAAUUUCCAUUGUUCAAGAUGCCAUGGAUGCAUUGCAUGAGGUGAUCCAAAAGAUUCGAGAGAGCAUCAGAUACAUUAAAAGUUCACAAGAAGUGCAAGGGAAAUUUAAUGAAAUUUCUCAACGUGCUGGGAUCAACUCUCAGAAAGCCUUAUUUCUCGAUAAUCCACUUCACUGGAAUUCUACAUAUAUCAUGCUUGAAACUGCACUAGAAUACAGGAGUGCUUUUUCACUCUUCCAAGAACAUAAUCCAACCUACUCAUCAACUCUAUCCGACGAAGAGUGGGAAUGGGCUAAUUCUGUCACUGGAUAUUUAAAACUCCUAGUUGAAAUUAUGAAUAUAUUCUCAGCCGACAGAUUUCCCACGGCUAAUAUAUUCUUCCCUGAGAUCUGUGACAUUCAUAUUCAAUUAAUUGACUGGAGCAGAAGUUCCGACAAUUUUCUUAGUCUCAUGGCUUUGAAGAUGAAAGCCAAAUUUGAUAAGUAUUGGAGCAAAUGCAGUUUGGCUUUAGCUUUAGCCGCAGUCCUAGACCCUCGGUUUAAAAUGAAGUUGGUUGAGUACUACUACUCCCUAAUAUAUGGAAGCACUGCUCUGGAACGUAUCAAGGAAGUUUCUGAUGGUAUCAAAGAACUUUUUAAUGCAUAUUCUAUCUGUUCAACAAUGGUUGACCAAGGGUCAGCCUUGCCUGGAAGUAGCUUACCAAGCACUAGUUGUGGUGCCAGGGAUAGACUAAAAGGCUUUGACAGAUUCCUUCACGAGACAUCACAGAGUCAGUCGGUGACAUCAGACUUGGACAAGUAUUUAGAGGAACCAAUCUUUCCUCGUAAUUCUGAUUUUAACAUAUUGAACUGGUGGAAAGUCCACAUGCCGAGAUACCCAAUUUUGUCUAUGAUGGCACGAGAUGUUCUUGGGACUCCAAUGUCAACUUUGGCUCCCGAAUUGGCGUUUAGCACAGGGGGCAGAGUGCUAGAUUCUUCUCGCAGUUCGCUAAACCCAGAUACACGAGAGGCUUUGGUGUGCACACAAGCUUGGCUCCGAAAUGAAUCAGGAGAUUUAAACCCAUCCCCAAUCCAUUCUGCUCCACCCCUUCUCCUUGAAUGAAGUUAAUUUUACCCAGGUCGUACGAAAGAAGCUAUCUUAGAAUUGUUAACUGUACUGUUACCCUACUUUCCUUUCUUGCUGGGAAGUGAUAUAUUGAAAAUAUUAAGAAGCAAUGUAUAUUCUUAGAGUAACAAAGUAGAUUUUUCACAUUUACAUCUAAUGCUUUUGCUUAGCCUUCAGAUGUUUUGUAUUGGAGUUUCAUUCAGAUUAAUCUGAUUUUGUAUAGAGGGUUGCAUAUGCCCUUGUUGUUAUAA